CUGUGUAGUUGCAGCCGCGGCCGCCUCCCGCCACCUCGCCCGGGGAAACAGAACGCGCGCGAGCUCGGGUGUCCCCGCCCCAGCCUUUCCCGAAGCCAUGAACCCCAGUUGCGCCCGGUGCAGCAAGAUCGUGUACCCCACGGAGAAGGUGAACUGUCUGGACAAGUUCUGGCAUAAAGCAUGCUUCCAUUGCGAGACCUGCAAGAUGACACUGAACAUGAAGAACUACAAGGGCUAUGAGAAGAAGCCCUACUGCAAUGCACACUACCCCAAGCAGUCCUUCACCAUGGUGGCCGACACCCCGGAAAACCUCCGCCUGAAGCAACAGAGCGAGCUCCAGAGUCAGGUGCGCUACAAGGAAGAGUUUGAGAAGAAUAAGGGCAAAGGUUUCAGUGUGGUGGCAGACACGCCUGAACUCCAGAGAAUCAAGAAGACCCAGGACCAGAUCAGUAACAUAAAGUACCAUGAGGAGUUUGAGAAGAGCCGCAUGGGACCCAGCGGGGGCGAGGGCAUGGAGCCGGAGCGCCGAGAUUCCCAGGACAACAGCAGCUACCGGCGACCCCCUGAGCAGCAGCAGCAGCCACACCACAUCCCGACCAGUACCCCUGUUUACCAGCAGCCCCAGCAGCAGCCAGCUGCCCAAUCCUAUGGCUACAAGGAGCCUGCAGCCCCAGUCUCCAUACAGCGGAGUGCUCCAGGCGGGGGCGGGAAGCGGUACCGGGCUGUGUACGACUACAGCGCUGCCGACGAGGACGAGGUCUCCUUCCAGGAUGGGGACACCAUCGUCAACGUGCAGCAGAUCGACGACGGCUGGAUGUACGGGACCGUGGAGCGCACCGGCGACACAGGGAUGCUGCCGGCCAACUACGUGGAGGCCAUCUGAGCCCCGCGUGCCGCCUCGUCUGUCUCCAGUGCAUUCCACAGCAUCGCAUCCGCCCCGCGCGUGGCCUGCCACCCUUCAGUGUCUCUGUCUUUUAAAAUCUGCGACAGCUUGUGUUCCCAUCCUUCCUCCAGCUUCUUUUGCCAACCGAAGCCUUGUUCUGCCGCUUUCGCGGGCUCCUUCCUCUGGCAGGUUUUUCCCUUGACUGACUUGUUAGUUUUCUCUCUGGAUGGAACAGGGCCCCAUCGGGGAGGGCGAGGCCUGUGGGCCGGGCUGGCAUGGGAGACUCGUGGGCUCCUGCGCCUCGCCUGUCUCUCUCUGUCCACUCCUGCCCAGCUCCUCCUCUAUCCAGACAUUCCAGGGCUGGGGUAAGCCCCAGACCCCCCCAGACAGGGGCUCCAUACAUUCCCUGGAGUGGGAUCCCACCCACCCCCUGGGAUGGGGACGGGGGACUCUGCUGUUGUGUAGGGACCAGUGCGAUGGGCUUUGCCUCUCUUCAGCAAAGAGGGCUGCUGGCCUAACCAAGAGUCCCCCUCCCUCCCUCUUCCUCCUCAAGGGCAACACAAGGAGUGUAGAGCUUCCGCUUUGGGGCGAAUCAACCCCUCCCCAGUGUUCCUUCUCACACUGUGAUUUCGCCCUCCUGCCCUCACAGACCUGCAGUGGGUGCAGAGCUCCCAGGAAGCACAGCUUGGGUCAAGUUCUUGCCUUUUUAAUUUUAGGAACAGCUGCAGGAAGGAGGGGAACAGGGUGUUCUCUUCUACAGCCCUUUCCCCCACUCCCACCCCCAAUCUCUAGGGACCUUUGCUUGCCUCCUUGGCUGGAAGCUGUGUCCUGAAGGGCAGGGCAAGGACGCCUAGGGCCUCUUGGCCUGCUCUGGCCCCCAGCCCCUGGGAUCUGGGUUAAGUGGGCUGCUUCUCCCUGCUCCUUAUGAGAAGAUGUCCAAGGGCUUUCCAUGGCCUCCCCUCCCCGGCCCCAUGCCAGAUGGACUUGGAGCAAUGCAAAGCCAGCAGGAACCUCUGUAUCUCCAAGACCUGGCAUGCAGGGGUGGGAGCAUGUUGUCUGCAGGUGCUUAUGACAGGGAGUGUGCGAGGGUGAAAAAGGGCGGGUGCGUGUCUGCAGGUGCCUCUGGGCUUACGUGCAGUUGGGUGAGUGUGAGGCGUGCAAAGCCGUCUUCCCCAAUAUUUUCUUCAAAACCCACAGUGAGAGGGGAGCCCCUCGGGGAGAGAUGUUCCUAUGUUUUCUUUGGAGUGAAACUCCUAUUUCUAAAUGGAGGAAGCCCACCUACCCGCCUUUGCAGUGUGCUGGGCACAAG